AUGGAGCGCAAGACCAAGAAAAUAAAACCGGAAAAACCACGGCAGGGACCUAAUAUUGUGGAUCUCCUACAGCAGACACGCGAGACCGCUAGGCCCAAAAUGGCAGCCUACCCAGAAACCUAUUCCGAAUUAUCAGACAAUUUCUCCUCAGGGGACGAGGAAGCGGACUUAACACCCAUGCAAAGACCAACACCAGCCGCCCAAAAGGCGGAUGCCUCACCGGUAACUACGGCGGUACUGAAGACGCUCCUCGCGGACCUCCAAAAGAACAUUCAAACGGAUGUAGCCUCACUCCGCAACGACAUACACGGCCUGAGAGGUCGAAUGGGAGCACUGGAGACUGCCUCCAAUGUCUGCUCAGAUCAAAUUACCUCACUACAACAAGUGGUCCAAGGAUUGCAGAAACAGAACGAAGAGCAUGAACGCCGUUUCACGGCCCUGGAGGAUGCACGCCGGGCUAAUAACAUCAAGGUACGGGGCAUCCCAGAGGACACUCCACAGGCCGAAAUGCCGCACCUACUAGUGGCCCUACUAUCACCACGGCAGGCAAAAGCAAUUACCAUGGACAGUUUCUUCCGGGCCCCAAAGUCGGCCUCGGCACCAGCGGCAGCGCCACAGGACCUGAUCGUGCGGUUCCAGCAAUACCCAGCCAAAACCACUGUCCUGGCUGCGACCAGAAACUGUUACCCCUACAAAUUCAAAACAAUGGCACUAUCUUUUUACACAGACCUCACAGGGGGCACUUUGGCUCAGACCACUCACAACGCUUCUGCAGAAACGUGGACUAAAAUAUAA